CAACUUGUCGUCGUUCUCACUCUUCUCGGGGUCUAUCAUUGUUGACCUCCUCCUUUGCGUUUUCCUCCUCCCUGAAGGCGACAAGGUCCUAAAAGGGAGAAGUCAAAUCCUUUCCAAAGUUGAGGCACCGAAGUGACACUGCUAUCUUCCCAGGGAAUCGGGGACAGCAAGAAGCCGCCAUGACUUCGAACUUCUCCACAGAGUCUCUUGCGAAGCUCUCUGCCGCUUCAGCACAACACCUAUCCAAUCUAUCAUGGCUCUGGUCAAGAUACCUCAUACCCGCCAUUGUGGCGUACCCUUUUCUAUGCUCACUCUUACGCUUUCGCCGGCUGAAGGCUCUCCAAGCGAAAUACAAAUAUGGCACUCGUGAACACCCAUCGUACGAAGGCAUGACGGUCAAGGAGGCCCACGACAUCAUCGAGGCAGUCAGUGACCUAGAAUUUCCGGCACUGUUCGAAAAAGGGUUGCAAUUUGCUCUCUUCAGGACCUACGGCAUCCCAACCAUCAGCGAACUCCUCGUCAAGACAACUCAGUUGUCCACGAGCAAAAACGUCGGCAAGCGUUACGCAGACACGGGCGUGCUGUUGGUCGACAUGUACGCGCCGGAACCGGAGAGCGAGAAAUGUUACGAGGCAUACGCCAGGCUGAACUACCUACACGGUCACUACAUCAAACAGGGCAAGAUCAGCAAUAACGAUAUGCUGUAUACCUUGUCGCUGUUCAUGAAUCAGCCGGUCGAAUGGAUCAAUAAAUAUGAAUGGCGGCAGCUGACCGACCUUGAGAAAUGCGCUAUGGGCGUGUUCCACAAGGCCAUGGGCGAUGGGAUGGGAAUUUCAUUUGAGCCGCUGCCGUCAUAUUCCACGGGAUGGAAGGAUGGGCUGCAGUUCUACCGCGAAUUGGAUACCUGGGCCAAGGAGUAUGAGCGCAAGUACAUGGUCCCUCACAAGGAUAACUACGACACGGCCGUCCAGACACGGCAGCUUCUGAUCAACACGUAUCCAUCCUUUAUGAAAGGCGUCAUGACCAAGGCGAUGAGCUCAACACUAGAUGAAAGACUGAGGGAGGCCAUUCUGUUCGAGAAGGCGCCCGCAAGUUAUACCAAGUUCUUCAACGGAUUCAUGGAGCUAAGGAGGUUCCUGUUGCGUUACCUCUCGCUACCGAGACCGUGGUUCAUGAAGAAUCCGUUCCAAACGAAAGAGCCAGAUAAGAAUGGAAGACGUUAUAUCCUGAAGUGGGAUACCACGCCGACAUAUGUGAAGCCGACGCUGUGGAAUCGGUGGGGACCAGGAGCGUUCACUGGGAUGCUUCUCGGCAUCCCAAGGCCGGGAGACAAGGACACCUAUCCUGAAGGCUUCCAGAUCAAGGCUACGGGGCCAUCGGUGUUUGCUGGGAAGGGCGAGAAGGAAAUGGAGAUUACGAAGGAGAGGUUGAGGAAGGAGAGGACAGGUGGAUGUCCAUUUGUGAUGAGAAACUGAUAAGGUAGCUUGGCUUGUGAAAAGAUCUUGAUGUAGGCGAGAAAAUCUCGAAUCAUUCUUGGAUAUCUAGAGUAU